UUCACCGUUUAUACAGAAACAGCUAAAAUGGUUAUCACGAGAUUUUUAGCAGUGGUAUUCAUCGUAGGCCUAUGUGAUGCUUGUAGUUGGAUUCCAAAAGUUGAGCAACAAGACUUUUGCUCCGCUCACUAUGUAUUUGAAGCUGAAAUAUUGGAAAGAAAAUCCGAAGAUGAAAUGAUUGGUUAUGUGUACGACAUUCGUGUUAAGGGUGUUUUCAGGAACAAAGACAACCAAGUGGACGUUAAAGGAUUCAAAACCAUCCAGGGAGAGGGGCGGGGCAGUUCCUGUGGGCCACAGUUGUUAGAUGUAUAUUCCUCAUACAUUUUAUACGUUGAUGAUAUAGAGGGAGAGCUCCGCAUCUUCAAGUACGAAAAGAUGAUGUUUGUGGAAAAACCUGAUAUCAUCCGAAUGACAAGGAUGUAUGACUGCUCGUGCGAAAUACGUAUGAAUAACUAUCCAAGUUUUAGUGGAAUUUCAUCAUUUGAAUCGUUCCCACCAACGGCAAACCAAUGUGAUGUCCCUUCUGCAUACUGCAUAAGGAGUUUCUUCUGUAAGCGGAACUCGGAGGGGAUGUGUACGAGUGGAAAUCUGGGCCCGUGUUCUUACUAAGAAUUUAUUUUUCAUUUAAAUGGGAUUCGCAGAAUUCGACGCAAAUGUUUUCCUGUAUCUCAUUGAUGGUCUUCUAAAG